GCAGUGAAGUAAACCAGGUGUUGCUGGUUGCUGAGGAGGAGGUGCGGCCGGCGGGGGAGGGAGGAAGGAAGGAAGUUGGGCCAGGGGGAGAGAUGAGCGCGGCGGCGGCGGCGAGCUCGGUCGCCAAGUUCAUCAAGUGCGUCACCGUCGGGGACGGCGCCGUGGGGAAGACCUGCAUGCUCAUCUGCUACACCUGCAACAAGUUCCCCACGGAUUACAUCCCCACUGUAUUUGACAACUUCAGUGCCAAUGUCUCGGUGGAUGGGAGCAUUGUCAACUUGGGCCUCUGGGACACGGCAGGUCAGGAGGACUACAGCAGAUUGAGGCCUCUUAGCUACAGAGGUGCCGAUGUGUUCAUCCUCUCCUUCUCUCUGGUCAGCAGGGCAAGCUAUGAGAAUGUCUUGAAGAAGUGGAUGCCAGAGCUUCGGCGAUUUUCGCCUAGCAUUCCUGUAGUUCUUGUCGGAACCAAACUAGAUCUCCGUGAAGACAGAUCUUAUCUUGCUGACCAUCCUGCCGCUUCUAUCAUCACUACUGAACAGGGAGAGGAGCUCAGAAAGCAGAUAGGUGCUGUGGCCUAUAUAGAAUGCAGCUCAAAGACACAGCGGAACAUAAAAGCUGUGUUCGACACUGCAAUUAAAGUAGUUCUUCAACCACCAAGGCGAAGAGAAGUUACCAGGAAGAAAAUGAAGACAAGUUCGAAUCAGUCUGUGAGGAGAUACUUUUGUGGAAGUGCCUGUUUCAGAUAAUCAAGGACAACCCUGUGGAAGAAUGGUCCCCUCGUAGCCCCUGCGAACUUCUGGUUCUCUUGUAACUUACGAUAGAGGGCUGCUUCCCUCGUCUAGCUGCGGAAAAUGAAGAACGUUUUUGCCAUCAAGUUUGCAGCAGUUACUUUCCCUGAGAGUUGUGCCUCCAUUUACUAUGAAUGGUGGAUUAUAUAGUAGUAGCAGCAAGUAUGAAGUGACCCUUUUGUACUUGUUUUAUUAUUACCAAAAACCGAUGUCGCUAGACGAUCGAUCUUUAAAUGGACAGCACCAGAAGAAAACUCUUCCAUUUUUCA